AUGAAGUGGAGAGUUGUGUGGUUGUGUUUCCUUGCUUUUUCUGUGUCAAAUGUUAUCGAUAUCCAAGCCGCGUCGGUUUACAAGAGUACUUGUAGCACAUGGGGCAGGGAACACUUCAAGACGUUGGAUGGUGAUGUGUACCAGUUUCCCAGUAAGUGUGAGUACAAGCUGGUGAAAACCUGCAAGGAUUCCCAGAAUUCCCAGACGUUCUCAAUGGACAUAAAAAGGAAGGAGAAUCAUGGAAACUCUACAAUAAAUUUUGUGGUUGUGAAAAUUAAUAGUUAUGUUUACAACAUCAGCAAGGAUUUGGUCACUCUGGAUGACCGGAGUGUUCAACUGCCAUACUACCAGGCCGGGGUACAAUUGGAAAAAACAGAUUUUUACAAAAAGCUUCACUCCCAAGUUGGCAUCACUGUCAUGUGGUACAAUGAUGGCGCAGUCACGGUGGAAAUUGAUGAUGAAUAUGUUAAUCGCACUUGUGGACUUUGUGGAAAUUUCGAUGGCAAUUCAGACCUCCGUGAUGAAGGUGUAUAUUCAGGUCAACAAAUCAGCCCCAUUAAGUUUGGCAAGAAAUGGAGAACCCCUCGUCCAAAUGAUAACUGUGAGGACCCGACUGAAGUGGCAGAUACGUCACUGGAAACUGAGAAUGUGACAGAGUCAUGCAAGGAGUUUGAAAACAUCUGCAAAGACUUCUUUGAAAAUAAAUCCUGGAGCUCCUGCACUAGUCUUAUUGAUCAUAACCCUUACAUUCAGGCUUGUGUGAAGGAUUUGUGUCACUGUAGCAAUUUAAAUGACUCCUGUGUCUGCAGCACAUACUCUGAGUUCUCUCGACAGUGCUCCCAUGCUGGGGGAAUACCUCCCAACUGGAGGACUCCUGAGUUGUGUGCUAAACACUGUCCGCCUACCAUGGUAUAUGAUGAGUAUGGGUCUCCUUGCAUCGAUACCUGCAGAUUCCCAGACACAAGUUUACUUUGUGAAGAUCACAAUAUAGAUGGCUGCUUCUGUCCUCCUGGAACUGUGUUUGAUGAUGUCUCCGUGAUGGGGAGGUGUAUUCCUCGUUCUGAAUGUCCAUGCAAACGUGACAAAAUCUAUAAGUCCAAUGAGAUUUACCAAGAGGGGGGAGAAAACUGUACAUGCAUUGCAGGUAAAUGGUCUUGUGAGAGUCUUCAAAUGCAUGCUACAUGUUCAGUUGAAGAGGGUUCAUACAUAACCACCUUUGAUGGGAAAGACUUCACCUUCCAUGGAGACUGUUUCUACACUCUGGCUAAAGUGGAAAGCAAGGAUUAUGUGAGUCCAAAUUUUACCAUUCUGGUCCAUUUGACACAAUGUGCAAAUCAGGAAUACGACACUUGUCUCAAGACCUUGAAAAUUCAGCUGAACAGUGACAAAAACAAUGCCAUAAUUUUCACCUCUGAAGGCAGAGUGAAGAUGAAGAAUGGACAGGAGGUCACUUUGCCUUAUGACUCAGGAGACAUCAGUAUAUUCCAUGCUUCAUCCUUUCACAUCAUGCUCCAGACAAGUUUUGGUUUACAAAUUCAGAUUCAGCAUGUGCCUCUGAUGCAAGUCUAUGUCAGUCUGGAGCAGAGAUACAAAGAAAGGACACGUGGUUUAUGUGGGAAUUACAACAUGAUACAAUAUGAUGACAUGAAGACUCGUCAGGGGAUGGUGGAGGGAGAAGAAGCAACUUUUAGUAAUUCUUGGAAAACUGACUAUACAUGCAAAGAUGGAAAAGGACAACUUGCUGACCCUUGUUCUCUUAGAACGGAAAAUGAAAAAUAUGCCAAACACUGGUGUGCCUUACUACAACAGUCAAAUAGUACCUUUGCACGGUGCCAUUCUGUGAUGGAUCCUGAGGUUUACUACAAGCGAUGUAUUUAUGCUAGCUGUAACUGUGAGAAGAGCGAGGACUGCCUGUGUGCUGUUUUCUCCUCCUUUGCAAGAGCUUGUGGAUCAAAGGGAGUGUUCUUGACAGACUGGAGAAAGGAUGUGUGCGACAAAUACACCAAGAACUGCCCAGCAUCUCAGAUCUUCUCUUACAACCAUCAGAGAUGUCAGCUGACUUGCAGAUCACUGAGCUCAAAGGAGCAGAGCUGCACCUCUGACUUCUUGCCUGUGGGCGGCUGUUCCUGCGCUGAAGAUCACUACCUAGAUGACAAUGACAUCUGUGUCCCCAAAGCAAAGUGUCCCUGUUACCAUAAUGAAGAAACCAUUGAACCAGGGAAGACCAUCAGCAUCAAAGACGACAACUGCAUGUGCACUGAUGGAGUUCUUCAUUGCAAUCCUUGGGCAGCUGACUCUUUAACAUGCCUUUCUCCAAAAACAUACUUCAACUGCUCCACUGCAGACGUAGGAGAUGUUGGACUACAGUGUGCUCCAACUUGUUUAAAUCCGGACAAUGAAUGCGAUGCCACUGAGUGUAAAUCUGGCUGUCUCUGUCCCAGAGGCCUGGUCGAUGAUGGUAAAGGUUCCUGUGUAAAACAAAAUGAAUGUCCAUGUCAGCAUGGCGAGAAACUUUAUUCCAGUGGAGAAAAAAUCUAUGAGAAAUGCAACACCUGCACCUGCAAAAGUGGAAGAUGGCAGUGCACAGACAAUAAAUGUCCAGGAACCUGUAUUAUUUAUGGAAGUGGUCACUACAUUACAUUCGAUGAGAAUUCAUAUGGCUUUCACGGACAGAUGUCUUACACUGUUGUCAAGAACACAUGUGACAAUAAAACACUGGAGAACAACUUCACUGUUAUCAUAGAAAGGAUGGUCAUUUCUCCAAAUGGUACUGAGAUUCAGUACACCAAAAGGAAGCUUGGUUUCUAUCUGGUCAUUGAAUUUGACAUUGGUCUAACAAUUAUAUCGGAUCAUAAAACAACAGUUAUAAUUCGACUGGAACCACAUCACUUUAGGAAGGUGUGUGGCUUGUGUGGAAAUUUUGAUGGUAAUGCAAAGAAUGACUUCACUACCCAGGGUCAGCUAGUAGUGAGCAAGCCACUAGAGUUUGCAAACAGCUGGAAACUGUCUGGCAAUUUUCCAGAUGAGACAACUAAUCUUGAAACUUGUACGUCAGCACCCAGAGAAAACUGGGCAAAAACAAUGUGUCAUAUUAUAAAAGAUACAUUUAAAGAAUGCCACUAUAAGGUAGACCACCUUCCAUUUUAUGAAAACUGUGUGAAAGACUCGUGUACCUGUGACAAAGGAGGAGACUGUGAAUGUUUCUGCACAGCAGUUGCGGCUUAUGCUCAGGCUUGUGCUGAGGCUGGUGUUUGUGUUGAAUGGAGAACUCCAGAGAUCUGUCCUGUAUUUUGUGAUUUCUACAAUAAACAUGGUGAAUGCACAUGGCACUAUAAAAUGUGCCGCGAAAACUGCCCAAAGACCUGUGACAAUCCCGAAGGACAUUGUAGUAAAUAUAUGCACUCCUUUGAAGGCUGCUAUCCUGAAUGCCCAAAAGAUAAACCCAUAUUUGAUGAAGAAAAACAAAUAUGUUACAACUGGAACACCGACUACUACAACACCAACUCAUUCUACAACUACAACGGGAACAACGACUACAACAACACCUCAUUCUACAACUGGAACACCAACUACAACACCAACUCAUUCUACAACUUCAACUGGAACACCAACUACAACACAGACUCAUUCUAUUACUACAACUGGAACACCGACUACAACAACACCUCAUUUUACAACUACAACUGCAACACCAACUACAACAACACCUCAUUCUACAACUACAACUGGAACAACUACUACAACAACACCUCAUUCUACAACUGGAACACCAACUACAACACCAACUCAUUCUACAACUUCAACUGGAACACCAACUACAACACAGACUCAUUCUACUACUACAACUGGAACACCGACUACAACAACACCUCAUUCUACAACUACAACUGGAACACCAACUACACCAACACCUCAUUCUACAACUACCACUGGAACACCGACUACAACAACAGGUUUUACUAA